CUUGGUUUUACGUAACAUCUGACCAGAAGACGACUUGCCGGAUAAAUGGCCUCUACCAGUAAUGUUUCUACGAAAGAUCCCCUGAUUCUUCUUAAAAUGUCUAUUCUGGAGUCGGAUCCGCCCAAGUUUUUGAAAACGGAGGAUAUGAAUUCAGUAGUUGCUGGACUGGAGGAGGCAGAAUACCUUGGGUUUUCUAAUGGGGUGAUUGUUUCUCUUAAGGAGAAGACGAGAUUUAUUCGGAAAGAAACGGGGGAGCCAUUUAAUCUUUUGUCUGUUUUUUUUGCGUGGCAGCUUAAGGAUGCGAAUGUAGCAGAGUAUAUCCAGCGUUGUGGGGAGUCAGAUGUUAAGAAUCUUUCAUUUCUUGAGAAAACAGAUUUGGUGACAUGGUUGGAUGGGGCGCCAGAGAGUGAGCAUAUCCAGCCAUUGGAAGAAGAAAAAUUAUCUGUUUUAACGUCAAUUCAGCGACGAGGUGGAUUUGAGCGUCCAGAACGAAAUCCUGUAUUGUUGAAUAUCUAUGCUCAGGAAAGGAUAGUUGGUUCUAGACAUACGGUUUUACGUGGUUUAAAGCCAAUUGAUUUUUCGGCAGUACGAAAAUAUGCAUAUGAACAUUUUAUUUCGAAACUAAGAAAUAAGCAAUCAGGGAAUGCGGCAACAUUGCCACUUGGGAAGGAAUUGAAAGUUAAACAUCGAGAUCCGAUUAUUUUACUUUCACCUUCUGCUUCAUCUCUUUUAACAAUGUACAAUAUUAAGCGUUUUUUAGAAGAGGGUGUUUUUGUGCCUCCGGAAGAAGCAUUGCAAAUAAAUGGUGGUAAUCGUGUUUCAGAAUUGAUUGCUAUUUCCCAUACUUCAAGAAUUGCAAAGGGAUUGUCAUAUCGGUUUGUAAUUGUACAAGGGGUUGAUAAGUUUAGACCAGAUUAUUGGGAUCGAGUAGUUUGUGUGUUUACGACGGGACAGGCUUGGCAAUUUAAAGAAUAUAAAUGGUCCGAGCCGAGGGAAUUAUUUCAUCAUGUUAAGGGUUUUAUAAUACAAUAUGUCGGGGAUCCCCCACACCCUGCAACAAAAGAAUGGAAUGUUGAAACACUUCGAAUUGAACGAUUUCGAAGACAUACUGACCGUGAAGUCGUUAGUCGACUUUGGGAAUCACUGGAAAGAUGGAUGGAUAAUCAUCCUGUAUGGAGAACAAUGGGGCGACGUAAAACAUAUGGAUAAAUCGUUUUUUAGAUAAACAAUUGGGUUUCAAAAAGUAAUGAAUUG